CGCUGUCACCUUCACCUUCACCUUCACCUUCAUGUGCCUGUAAUCACGCGUUCAAGGCAACAACGACCACAGUCAUCUCUGGCCUGCUCUUCGUUCCGCCUACCGUGUCACGUUGACUGCUUUCAUCGUUGCUCGACCUUUUUACAAACUCCACCCUCGCAUGGCGCAGUGUGUUUAAUCGCCAUCUUCGACUCCUUGCCUGUCGAGUAUUCAGAAUGACCAAGAAGAAGCGCCAUCAUCCCGACGUCGAGGAGGUUCUGUCGCGGCCUUGGUGUUAUUACUGCGAACGGGACUUCGACGAUCUCAAAAUCCUCAUCAAUCAUCAAAAAGCGAAACACUUCAAAUGCGAAAGAUGUGGUCGGCGGCUGAAUACCGCCGGUGGCCUGAGCGUCCAUAUGAGCCAAGUACACAAGGAGAACCUCACUGCAGUCGAUAAUGCCCUUCCUAAUCGAGCCGGUUUGGACAUUGAAAUCUUUGGCAUGGAAGGAAUCCCCGAAGACAUAGCUCAGCAACACACUCAGCGGGUUCUAACGAACUUCCAUCAAGCCCAAGCUGAUCGUCAAGGAGCUGCCGCAAAUGCCGCUCAAGGUGGCCAAAAUCCCACUGCACCAAAGAAGCCCAAGAUUGAAUCGGUAUCUGACAUCAAGAAACGGCUUGCGGAGCAUAAGGCUGCAAAGCUCGCCGCCGAAAAGGAAAAUGGUGGAAGCAGUGGGGCCUCGACUCCGGCUGCUGUAGCUCCUGCUCAAGUCCAACCACAAAGCCAGGGACCUCCGGCCGCCUCUCCAGUGUACCCUGGAUUUCAGCAACCAUAUGCAGCGCCACCUACAAAUGGUUCGUACCACCAAUCUUCUCCUUUCGCCCAACCACCAGCUGCUACUGCCUCGUAUCAAGCACCUGUCGCCUAUCCACCAGCUGGAUCUCCAUCCCAAGUUGGAGGCUAUGGCCAGGCUACCUCUCCUCAGCCAGGGCAACCAAGCUAUGGUCAAGUUCCUUCGGUAGCAUACCCUCCACAACUUUAUGCACAACCACCACAAUCAUCCUUUCAACAACAACCUUCGCCAGCUGGGUAUCCUGCUCAGCCAAGCUUCUCACCUCCGCCAUAUCAGUAUCCCGGUCAACCUUAUCCAGCGCAGGUUGGACCACCUCGCCCUUACGGUACUGUCUCACCAGUUCCUGGCUUUCCUCAGCCACCUCCAGGGCAUUUGCCACAACGUGCUCAUUCGCCGGCCGCCCAUCCCAAUUUUCCUGCGCCGGUACGUACAGGCAGUGUAAGUCUACCAAAUGCUCCAGGAUUGCCACAGAGGCCAGCUUUUGGUGCUCCGCCUGUCAGUGCUUCUCAAUUUCAUCAGAUGCAUCAAGGUCAGAUCCCUGCUUCACAAACUCCUCAUGGUGUGCCACAGUAUUCUCCACCACAAGCACCACCGGGCACGACUACACAGCUACCUCAACCACCCAGUUUGCCCGCGCCGUUCGCUGGAGACGAAUCUCUGGACGAUUUGAUCAAGGGCGCUCGAGAUCAAGCCGACGCUCAAGCCGCUGCGGCUGUUUCCGUCACCGCCACGUCGGCUCCAGCUGUUCCAACACCGCCUGUCGCUGCUCCCCCAGUCAAAGAAGAGGCUGCAGAAGAUAAAGCGACGAAGAAGGACAAAGAAAAGGAGAAACCAAAAUCAACCAGGUUGGUCUACUCUGAUAAUGAGACAAGUCCUGAAGAGAAGAUGGCAAUGAUGCCCAAGUACGCAUUUACUCCUGCACAGAAGAACAUCAUGGUCUAGACACAACAUCACUUCCACAACGUCGACUCGAUUGUCAGACUCGACACAGACCUUUCUCCGGCGCAGGUCAGUUCUGGCAAACAACAUUCCAGCUAAGUCCUCCUGAACUGGCACCCGGCUGACCAUCUUGCCACUUGUUUUGUUAUCGCUUUCUCGCCAUAAUCUUGAUUGGCGCCGAAGAGCUUUUGGAUUGAAUGGGUCUGGACAACUCCGCAUCGGCGCCCUGGUGAGUUUAUGGGUGAAAGACUUUGGGUUGGUGGAUUGCACACUGACAAAGGGACGAAACAUCACUCCUUUCGGCGUGGUGACGUAUCGGCGCAGGGGAAGAAAAAAAGGGUUCGGCUCCCAAGGGACGGUCAAGGGCAGCAUGAGCAUCUUGAUACCAAGGCUGCUUGCUUGUAAGUGCAAGACGGUUGGUGUCUCCUUCGAAUACUUCACAGUUGUCUUUCAAUGCAAAUUUCUUCCUCGGUGCUGCUGCUUCAAAUUUCCUUUUCCUUGGACCUCCUAAGCGUUGGAACCUCUCCGUAGGUGGCUCGAAAUAUGCUAUGCCCGUGUCAAGCAUGGUCUGUGACUCACGUCGAGUCGUUGGGGGCCGGAAGACAAUCUCUCUCAUCCCCAUCAGCCCAUGGAAGCCUUACUAGACUCGGUCAAAACGCUGUGCACCGCUUUCUAGGGCUUGCUAUGCCAUGCUAUGCCAUACUGUGCCAUGCUAUGCAAUCUACUGGGGGCUAUCU